GUUAGAGAAUGAUUUUAUAAUUGUUCUUCAGGAAUCGAUUAUUGAUUUCCUUUACAACCAGCUGUAAGUAAAGGACAAGUUUUUAUUAUGAUUGUGUUUACGUACCAUUUUUAUCAUCUUGUUUAUUUAAUUAAAGUGACUAGUAGCCCCUUUCUGUGCGUAUUUGCAAACAGAUGCAGCUAAAAUAAAGCUCUGAGCUCUGAUGAGAGCUGUGAGAGACGUCAAAGCUGAUGGGAAAUGUCUGGAGUUCUUGAGUAACAGAUCCUAUUACAAGAAAAGAAAUGAGGACAUUAAAACUUGGGUAACUUCAGGGAGAGAAACAGGGUUCCCCAUUUCAUAUGCACUUGCUCUUCUGUUUGGUUUUUACUUAAACAUUGCUGCUGUAGGAUUUAAGUAGCUAGAUGGUGUGUGGAGGCUUUGGAGCCUUAUUUGAUGGUAGUAUUAUUAGGCAAUAACAGGUUUGACUGAAAUGCUGUGAGUUGCCAGAGUGAAGUAAUCUUACGGAGGAUAUGUUGUUAUUUGGGGUAAAUGUCCUAGCACUCGGAACUGGAGGACUUGGUGAGAACUGUAGACAAAGGGACAGCCCAUUUGAGGAUACUGACCUUAAGGACUCAUAUCUCAUUCCAAGAAACAUCAUGGCUGAGCCAGACUAUAUAGAAGAUGACAAUCCUGAACUAAUUAGACCCCAGAAACUAAUCAAUCCUGUCAAAACAUCCCGGAACCAUCAAGAUCUUCACCGAGAACUUCUUAUGAAUCAAAAAAGGGGUCUUGCCCCUCAGAAUAAACCAGAACUGCAGAAAGUGAUGGAAAAGAGAAAACGCGACCAAGUAAUAAAGCAGAAGGAAGAAGAAGCACAAAAGAAGAAAUCUGACUUGGAAAUAGAACUAUUAAAACGGCAACAGAAGUUGGAGCAGCUUGAACUUGAGCAGCAGAAAUUGCAAGAAGAGCAAGAAAAUGCCCCAGAGUUUGUGAAGGUAAAAGGGAAUCUCAGGAGAACAGGCCAAGAAGUCGCCCAAGCCCAGGAGUCCUAGGUCGAGGCUGCCCAGAGACCUCACAUGUCCCAGCCCACCACCGCACAGAAGCCGUGUCUUUAGGUGUCUCCUCACCACUUAAUCUCAGGGCAGAAGGCCCUGGAGAGAAUUCCAGCCAGCAGAAAAUUUUUACAUAAAAAAGGAUUUGGUUUUGGUUUUCCUCCCCUUGCAAUCUGGGUGGAUAAAUUGCCUGUGACAGUUACAGUUCUAUUCGCCAAAAGAAGGACGUUGACCAACAAUAAGUUGGGAUAAUGGACCUGUGUUCAGAGACUUUAAAAAAAAAAAAAAAAAAGAGGACACUGGAAUACAUUUUUGAGAGUUGCACUACUUGGCUUUUCUUGCAAUCCAAGUUAAGUGGGGCACAGAGCCUUUUUUCUUUUAAAAGUUAGAGAAACUGUGUUUAAGUCUUCUUUUUGUCAUCUGUGAGAUAAUUUAGAUGGCGUAGAAAUGCAUUUUACCUGUUAUAUUCAAUAUCUGUAAAUCCUAUUUUGAGAACCUGAAAUGUUCUUGUUUAAUUUAUGCUUUCACCCAUGUUAGAAUUUACACCAGAGAAUAUCAAUGUUAACGUUGAGCACAGUGAUUAUCUUUGUUGGCACUUACACUUAGAAAUAGGGCAGGAAAUGUUAAAAAUAUGUAAACAAAAAUAUGUAAACACCCAUCUUGAUCCUACUUCAGUUCCUUUCGGUUCUCUGUAUAAUAGUAUGCUACAUGGUGACAUUUAAGUUCAGAAAAGGUAUAUCGUGUAAAUCCAUUUAUUGUUUUGGCAGCUUAUAGGAUUUGUUUUUGUUUCAUUUGAAAAUUUUUUGCUGAGCUAGUCCUUUGAGAUGAAAUAUUCUCCCAAGCCUUUGGAGAAUGGAGACUAGUCCAUAUAACCGAACUGCAGUGUCAAAAAGUAGAGGGACCAAAAUCUCUUCAUUUCUUCUGAGAGCAGUGUGGGAAAAGCUCCCCUUGGGAGCUGGGUAGUAAGGAGUUCUGUGGAUAUUUUAAUAAUGUGAAGCAAAUGUAGGCUGGUCUCAAGGAAACUUAAUUGGAACAUUUUUAGUAUUUGUACAUUUUGAAUAUCAUGAGAAUCCAAGCUUUGAAGUUGCUGAUUAAUAAUAGUUCCUGAUUUCGUUGCCUUUUCUUUUUUCUUGUAAAGAAAGACUGUUUCACCACUUGGUGGUGACGAUGCUGUUGAUACUGAUGGUGAUGACUACUACUUCACUGCAUCGCUCAGGAAGGGCCGAGGCCGGGAGAGGCUGCUCAGCUUACUCACUCUGGCUGGCAUGCUGUUCAGAGUACAGGCCGAGCUAUGCAGAUGAGCAAAAUCCACGUGCAGAAUUCAUCCGAUUCAGCUGGUGUGGGCAGGAGUACAUUCUGCUCGGGGUAGGAUGGAAACAUUUGUGUGAGUUCAGUACGUUCUCCAUAUAGUCAAUUCAGGCAGUGAUUUCUACAUUCAAGAUUCUUCUUACGUUUCCUUUAGAGGCUCAUAGAAAGCUGGAUCCCGAGCCUUUGAGUCCUUCGUAAGGAUAGCAGAAAAUAGCUUUCUAUGGGAAUGCUUCAGUUUAGUUUUAAUAGUUGAUGAUUAGGGCCAUAUUCAAUCUUAAAUGUGAUCAAGAUAAAAGUAAAUGCAGUGAUAAUAUACUGCUCGUUAGAGGAACAUGUUAGUCGAUUACACCUGAAGUGGAUUAUUUAUCUCAUCAGCAAGUAUUAUUUGGAUAAACUAUGAGAUGCUUAAGAUAAAUGUUGCUCUAUAAUAGCUCGCUGUUGAAGUGUGGAAGGGUAACUAUAUUUUUUCCAUCCAACUUCCUUUUGAGAGAAGAAAGUGCGAUGACUGAUCAUCUUUAAAGUACACUUCUGAUUGCUUAUUGACUAGAGUUCUUCUUUGUGUAUAUGGACUAAUGAUGUGACUUUUAAAAUGAAGAUUCAGGACUGUCUCAUACCCUUUUGUCUAACUGGUUUUUAGAUCUCUAGGUCUGUACCCUUGAAGCAACUCUGCCACUUGAUAAAAUUCUCAAGGGCUCUGACAGGGUCCUUUAGAAGGACCGAUCCUGUUCCUAGAAUUUACCUAGAACUCAGUCUUUGUGGGGGAAAUAAAAAUUACAAAACCAUUUUCUUCCCAAUCUUAUAAAUCUGGAGAAUUACGUGCAGUUGGUAGUAUAAGGUCUGGCCAAAAGAAGACGUUGUUGUAAAUAGCGUAAAGUAAUAUUUGAUGACAAAACUGUGGGAUGCACAAUAGAGAAGCUCUUUGCAGUCAUCAGAGCAGCUUGACUCAUAAGCCUGAGUUUAAAAAGAUGGUUGGUCACCCCUCACACCUCAAUACCGUACAGUCCAGACCCCUAGGACUCUUGCAUAUCGGAGCAGUUUGUGCUUUGAGCCACUUUUUGACUAAAAUGGCUCCAUUUUCCACUCUAUGGUUUUCUUAAAAUAGUUCAGUGUUUUAUAGUCUCAUAGUAGGUAAAGUAGUGUUGCUUUCUAAGCUAUAACAGCUGACUUUAUUCUUCUACUCUGAAAAAUCUUGACUUGUUUGAGUGUAUAUAAUAUAUAUAAAGGGGGCCUUAAUGAAUUUUUUUUUCAUAAUUUAAUAUUUUUUGUAUUUGCUCUUAUAUAAUUGUUUUUAAUGGAAAGUAUUACAGAAUUGAGGUUGGAAUUCAUAGAACCAAAGUUAUUCUUAAUAAAAAUCACCACAUGCUUGGGCCAUGCAAACAUGUUUGUCUGAUCUGUUUAAUAUGCAUACCUAGAAAUGAAGGUGGGGGCGGGGUUAUGCUCAGUUCAUAGAUUAGAAGUUGGUUCCAGGGUCUCCUCUGGUGACUGGCCCACUUUGACAGUCUCCUCCCCAAAUCAGUUACGCUGUAUUGCUUUGUGUCAGUCAAGGCUGGCAAUUAUGUCAAACAAUUUCUUGCUAAGAUGUUAAUAGCUCUGUAUGCUACCCUUUGCAUAGCAUGUAUGGUGUUUUACCAGCAGCUGUCAGUUCUUCAGAUGAAGGUAUUCUGAAUUUUAGGUAGCUUGGUAGGACAGUGGGAGAUACAUUUUGAGAAAGACCCUUUUUUUAGUGCCUGUGCAUAUGGCAUGUCUGGAGUGUGAAUAUGAGAUUUUUGUUCAUUUUUGCUUAUUCAGCUAAAUUAAUGCUAUCCUCAGAGGAGUUAUUUUGGGAGACUAUACACAUGAUUCCAGCAUACCAUUGGCUAAAAUAGUUUGAGGGUUAAAUCUCCAUAUUUUAUAAUUAUGCCUGUAUUUUGCAACCCAAAAUUAUCAAACAGCCUGAUCACCCAACUCCCAAUGUCUUUGGACUCUUAAAAAAAAAAAGUUGUAUCUACUCAGGAGAGUGAAGAUUUGUUGCUUCUGUUGAGAUUGUAUCAUGAGUUCUAAGGGCCGUUGCAGAAGACAGGUUCCAAAAAUGAUGUGAGCAGUACCUGCAUACCUGGGAUAAGUAGGCAGUUUCCCAAGAUGACAGUUCUGAGGCUGUCAGUCCAUGUAAUUGCACUACAGAGCCCUGGCGGCGUAGUGGUUAAGAGCUCAGCUGCCAACCAAAAAGGUCAGCAGUUCAAAUACAUCAGCCGCUCCUUGGAAACCCUACGAGGCAGUUGUGCUCUAUGUCGUCAUACGAAAAUGCAUUCUGAUUGUCAGUUGUGAGGUUUUGAGUGUCUCUUCUCCACUUGCCCCUGGAUUUCCUAGCAA